AUGAGCGUGGAGGCUCUCGCACAGGAGCUAUUGGAGACGAAGCGAGAGCUCGGCCGACUGAUGGAGACGGUCGAGAACCAGAACCAGACGAUCACAGGGCUCCAGACGGAGCGAGCCGACGCAGAUGCAGCGAGUCGGCAGCAGUCGACGAAGGCUUUCGCCAACGCGAUUAUCGGAGACAAAGGGAAGCCGCCGACCUUCGACAACACGAAGAAGCUAGACUUCCAUGACUGGGCGUUCAAGUUCAAGGCGUACAUCGGCAACCAGAGUCGGAAGUGCUUAGAGGGAAUGACCCAGGUCGAGUACAGCCAGAACCAGCUGAACUACGCCAACUACGACGACGAGUGGAGACAGAUGGCGCAGUCGUUGUUCUACCAGCUCACGAUGUAUACGGAGGGCACCCCGCUCGGCAUCAUCCGCAAGGUCAGCAACCAAGACGGAUUCGAGGCAUACCGCAGGCUGAGCUCCCAGUAUGACCCUCAGAACAUGGGCAGCAUUCUAUCGAGACUGAUGAGGGUGCUGGAGUUCGACUUCGGCGGAGAAGCGGAUUUCCUCGACAACAUGGCGAAGUUCGAGAUCUCGAUCGAAGAGUACGAGAAGCUGGCGAGCGAGGCCCUCAGCGACAACAUCCGCUCGGCGGUCCUGAUCGCACGAGCCCCUGAGGCCUUGAGGAACCACGUGCUGCUGGGGACACCCAAGGAGGAGAUCCAGUGGGCGAGGAUCAAGAAGGUGGCCGCAGACUUCCUGCUCACGAAGCAGUCCAUGCCUGGUGGCCCUGCGCCGAUGGACAUCGGCGCCAUCAACAGCAAGGGCGGAAGAGGAUACGGCAAGGCCAAAGGCAAAGGCAAGGGCAAAGGCAACGACACCAGAGGUAAGGGCAAGGACAGGAACAGCGGCGGUGGCAUCGCCGGCGGAGAAAAGAAGUUCCAGGGACACUGCGGACGAUGCGGCAAGUGGGGGCACAAACAGAAGGAUUGCUACGCCAAGAUCCACAACGUGAGCACCUGGGACGGCAGUGGCUGGGACGGCAACACCUGGGACGAGAAGUGGGCGAGCUGGGACACCACCAACGAGAAGGAGAAGGGUGCGGCCUCCUCCCACGAGGACGCCGGCGCCUCCAUCAGUGCCAACGCCCUCCAGUGCUCCGAGUGCGAGGACGCUGCGUGGAUCUUCGCCGUCGGCACGCUUGAGGGCCCGAGCGGAACAAGAGUUGGCCAGACGGUUGACAUCAUGGUGGACACUGGCGCCAACAAGUCGGUGUGCGGGCCCAGCGACUUCCCCGACUACCCCACUAUGCAGGACAGGAGGCUGGAGAUCAAGGUCGCCAACGGGACCUCCCUGAAGCACUACGGCGACAAGCAGGUGAACUUGAAGACGCAGAAUGACGACGAGAUCAGUGUGAGAUUCCACGUCACGGAGGUGACGCAACCGAUCCUGAGUGUCAACAGCAUCAACAAGGCAGGAGCUGGGGUGGAGUUCCCACCGCCAGGCUCGACGGGCCCACCCUCGAUCACGCGGGAUUCGAGGAGCGGGCGAUCGCGGCUUGGGCUGAAGAGGAGGCUCGGCCUGUUCUUCCUGCGCGCGACGGUGAUGAGCUACGUCGGCACCAAGAUCGGCGCGGACGGCCUGGUCGUCUACAACACGGCGACGGGCGUCCCCGAGGAGUACAUCGCUGCGCAGGUGGACCAGCCGACGGCGCAAGAAGUCAGGCCCGAGGCUACGGUGAUGACGGCGCCAAGGGAGCCGACACGAGCCGAGAGGGAGGCUCACGAGGCCCUCCACUGUCCAUAUGCAGCGCGGUGCGCGGACUGUGUAGGGGGGCGAGGCCUGGACGACAGGCAUGAGAGGAUCAAAGAGGUAGAGGGUGUGCCUGUGAUCCAGAUCGACUACAUGUUCGGCAAGACGCAUCGUGACGAGAAAGUGCACCCAGUCAUGAAUGCCAUUGACAACGUAUACCACUCUACGUCCUCGGCAUGGUGCGAGGCGAAGGGUGGGGGGGACCUGUUUCUCCUGAAGUGUCUCAAGCGGUACGUGGAGAAGCUCGGGUUUGAGAAGGUUAUCAUCCAGUGCGACCCCGAGAAUGCGGCCAAGGACGUGGCGGCCAAGGUCGCGAGGGACAUCGGGAACAACGCGACCUUCAGGUACACACCGAAGACGAGCAAGGGGAGCAACGGCAUGGUGGAGAGGUUCCACUCGUUCAUCGAGGGUAUGACGAGGACCUGGAGGAGAGCCAUUGGGGCAAAGUACGGUAUCGUGAUCGAGUUGAGGCAUCCCCUGAUGGCCUGGAUCGUGCGCCACGCAUCGUGGACCCACGAUCGCUUCCUCAUCCACCGCUCCGACUACAAGACGUCCUACGAGCGUCAGCACGAGAGGCAUUAUGCCAAGAAGGUCCUACCACUCGGCGAGACGGUUAUGUGGAGGCAACCUGGGCCUAUCGCCGCCAAGUUCGAAUCCGCGUGGGGAUACGGCAUCUACCUCGGGCGGUCGUUGGAGGACGACUCCCACAUCUGCGGCACCAGGCGCGGCAUUGUCGUGGCGAGGUCCGCACGGAGGCUCGUGGAGAGCGAGCGCUACGACAAGCAGCUGCUCCUGGCCAUGAAGGGCAUCCCGAGCGACACGAAGGCGCCGAAUGCAUCCACGCCAGUGGCAGACAGACCAGCCCCCGACCUCAACCUCCCGCAGCCCGCCAGGCUUCCGCGACCAGCGGACGCCGCGCCCGAGGAGGGGCAGGCAGGCCCCCAGGAGGGGGAGGUGAGGUUCGAGGAGCCGCAGGAGGGGGACCCAGGGGGCGCCGAGGCAGCUGCCGACGGCAACGAGGCCAUGGACGACGUCGAGGACGCACCACAGCCCGUCACGAAGAGCGGGCCGCGGCAGAGAGCGCAGCUGCACCUGAACGGUGGCAGAGAAGCGAAGCCGCUGCGGCCAGGCGGACCCGCUGGGAGCAAGGAGGAGGGCUAG